GUAGGUUAAAAUUUGCAUCGGGAUUGAUAUUUUAAAAGUGUUCAAAAUGGCGUCGUCAGUAGAGCACUUGCGACAAGCUGGUGGGGCUCAAGCUAAUGUUCAGCAUCAACAAAGCGCAGGAGCACAACCUGUUAACCAGGCAGAGUGUGACCCGAUCUACCGAUUCAAAUUAUUGUUACCAAGGUUAAAGGAGUCUUUGGUGAAUCUAAUGAAAAUUGCUGGUACCUGCCUUCAUCAUAAUUCACAACAGCUAGAGGAUACUACGUCAAGUGUAGAGAAUCAACUUCAGAAAUUUGAAAAAUCAUUGGAAGAAUUCUAUUCUAUGUGUGAUCAAGUUGAAAUUAGUUUGAGACUUGCCCUAGAGAGUAGUCAACUGAAUGCUGACACAGUGAAGUUCAACCCUGCUUGUGUUAACAUUCCCAAUGAGAAAGGGGAGCUUCCCUCCACACAGAGGUUGAUGCAGUAUCCACAGUACCAGGCCAUUGUCAGACAACAGAUCCACACCGCGAAAGAACUUCAUGACUUGUUAUUACAGUUCUCUCAGAAAAUAACUGCUGCAAAGACAUGAGAGAGAGAGAGAGAGAGAGAGAGAGAGAGAGAGAGGAGCGAUUUAUACAUUUUCCUGAGCGUUACCAUGUUUUUUUUUAUAAGUUCAUAUACAAGAGUGGGGAGGGUUUACAAACAAAGCAGAUACAUGUAUUUAGGACCUGUAGGUGUUGUGCUUCUUUUCUUGAUUUUUCUUUUAAUUUGUUAGUAAAUGUCAUUCAUUUGAAAACCCCACCCCCACCACACUCCGCCAAAAAAAAAAUCCUGGAUCUGCCCUGAUUAUUAUGUUUAUUUAUUUGUAGAAUGUAAUUUAUCAAUCAAAGCAAUUAAUACAGCUGUUGUAUUUUGUAAAUUGUUAUGAACCUUUGAUGUAAAAAGAUCUUGCAUUCUUAAUCUUUAUAUUAAAAGUGUUGUAAGUAAUAAAAUUGCUUGUAAAUUAA